UUUUAUUUUUAUACAUAAUAAAUCUCUCCAUAUAGCAUUUCCUUGUAAAAGAAAAUAGUCAAAUCCGUUUAAAGGAAGCUCCUUGUCAAAUUUCUUCAAAUUUCCUUUUUACAAAAAAAAAAAUUACUUGUAUUUUCCUACAGCUUUACGUACUUAUAGUAAUUUCUUGGGCAACAAGUUUUACUUUUUUUUUUUUUCAUUUAAGUUGGUGAUUCUAUUUCAGUCUAUUGGUAGAGUCGAUUCAUAGCAUUUGGGGGUUACCAUAUUUAGUUCAAUAGUCACUCUCUAUAUAUUCAAUGCAAUUGUUGCUGCCUUAGACCUCACUCAUUCAUACUUUUUUCUUUUAGGUAUGGUAUUGGAUCUUCACCUCCACUGGAGUAGGGGUUAUCGAGGGAUCGAAUUCGAGAAUUUUCUUUUCUUUCUUUUUAGAUACUCAAAAUUAUCUAUUCAUCAUUUUCUUGAUAUUUUGUUAUUAAGCGAUUCCUCAUACAAAAACAAGUUGAAUUCCUCAUACAAAAACAAGUUGAAAUUUUGUAUUUUUUUUUUAAAAGUACUAUUUGUAGUUAGAUUUAAAGCUGUACCUACUUUCUUUUCAAGUUCUCUAAUUUACUGCAACCAUUAGGUAUCUCCAUUUAGCAGUGUCCAACUUUUUCAGUACUAUAUAACAUAGCCUUUGAAACUGAUCUUUUGUGUGUCUUUGAUUUUUAUCCAUAUCUUAAUUCUUCAUGCAUUCCUUUCCUUCUGCCAUUUCAGGAACCAAAAAAGCAAUGGCUUCAAUCAGUGUCUGUGAGCGUUUGGGUGAAUCUCUAGCUACUCAUCCACAGCAGGCAAAGUCUAUCUUGUCAAGGAUUGAAAGCCUUGGAAAGGGUAUUCAUAAGUCUCAAAAGCUGCUCUCAGUUCUCGAUAAAGAGGCCGGAAAUCAAGCACUUGAUGGGAUGGUGGUAGAGGUCCUCAGGUCCACUCAGGAAGCUGUAGUGUCGUCUCCAUUGGUUGCCCUUGCCAUUCGUUCAGCUCCUGGAGUUUGGGAGUACAUUGCUGUGGAGGUCCAAAAGCUUUUUGUGGAGGAAAUGCCCGUUGCUGAGUAUCUACGGUUGAAGGAAGAACUUGUUGAUGGAAGCUCCAAUGGCGAGUUUAUGUUGGAAUUGGACUUUGGUGCAUUCAAUAAUUCUGUUCCUCGUCCAUCUCUUUCAAAGUCCAUUGGUAAUGGCAUGGACUUCCUCAACCGCCACCUUUCUGCCAAGCUAUUUCAAGACAAGGAGAACUUGAGCUUGUUGCUUGAAUUUCUCCAAAUUCACUGCCAGAAGGGAAAGGGUAUGCUGUUGAAUGACAGAAUCCAAGAUGUGAAUUCCCUCCAACAUGCAUUGAGGAAGGCCGAGGAGUAUCUGACUCCUCUAACGUCGGAUACCCCGUACUCGGUUUUCGAGAAAAGGUUUCGGGAGAUUGGUUUGGAGAAGGGAUGGGGUGAUAAUGCUGAGCAUGUUCUUGAGAUGAUCCAUCUUCUAUUGGAUCUCCUUCAGGCACCUGAUCCUGUCGCACUUGAAAGCUUCCUUGGAACAAUCCCAUUGGUCGCCAAUGUUGUAAUCAUGACUCCCCAUGGAUACUUUGCCCAAGACAAUGUUUUGGGAUACCCUGACACAGGUGGUCAGGUUGUUUAUAUCUUAGAUCAAGUUCGUGCCUUGGAGGAAGAGUUGCUUCAUCGUUUCAAGCUGCAAGGACUCGACAUUACCCCACGAAUCCUAGUCAUUACUCGGCUCCUCCCUGAUGCUGUAGGAACAACUUGCGGUCAGCGUCUUGAGAAAGUGUAUGGAACCAAGUAUUCUGAUAUUCUUCGGGUACCCUUCAGAACUGAGAAGGGAAUUGUACGUCCAUGGAUCUCACGAUUCAAAGUCUGGCCUUACCUGGAGACUUACACUAAGGAUGUUGCAGCUGAGGUCACCAAAGAGUUCCAGGGCAAACCUGAUCUGAUUGUUGGGAACUACAGUGAUGGAAACAUUGUUGCUUCUUUAUUGGCACUGAAGUUUGAUGUUACACAGUGCACUAUUGCUCAUGCACUUGAGAAGACGAAAUACCCGGAUUCAGACAUUAACUGGAAACAACUUGAGGAUAAGUAUCACUUCUCCUGUCAGUUUACUGCUGAUCUUAUUGCUAUGAACCAUACUGAUUUUAUCAUCACCAGCACCUUCCAAGAGAUUGCUGGAAGCAAGGACACUCUCGGCCAAUACGAGAGUCACAUCGCUUUCACUCUUCCAGGGCUCUACCGCGUUGUUGAUGGGAUCGAUGUUUUUGAUCCCAAAUUCAAUAUUGUCUCCCCUGGUGCUGAUAUGAGCAUAUACUUCCCUUACACGGAAGAGAAGCGAAGGUUGAAGAAGUUCCACCCGGAGAUUGAAGAGCUUCUUUACAGCCCUGUUGAGAAUACAGAGCACUUAUGUGUACUAAAAGACCGCAACAAGCCGGUUCUGUUUACCAUGGCAAGGUUGGACCGAGUGAAGAACUUAACUGGGCUCGUAGAGUUCUAUGCCAAGAACAGCCGGCUGAGGGAACUGGUUAACUUGGUUGUAGUAGGUGGAGAUAGGAGAAAGGAAUCCAAGGACUUAGAAGAAAAGGCUGAAAUGAAGAAGAUGUAUGAACUUAUCGAAAAAUACAAGUUGAAUGGACAAUUGAGAUGGAUAUCGUCCCAGAUGAACCGUGUGAGAAAUGGUGAACUCUAUCGUUAUAUUUGCGACACCAAGGGAGCAUUCGUUCAGCCUGCUAUAUACGAGGCUUUUGGCUUGACUGUUGUUGAGGCAAUGACCUGUGGACUACCAACAUUUGCAACAUGUUACGGGGGCCCUGCUGAGAUUAUAGUUCACGGAAAAUCGGGGUUCAACAUCGACCCUUAUAACGGUGAUUUGGCUGCCGAGACCCUUGCCAAUUUCUUCGAGAAAUGCAAAGCGGAUCCAUCUUAUUGGGAUGAGAUCUCCCAGGGAGGGUUGAAACGCAUACAGGAGAAGUAUACAUGGCAGAUUUACUCCGAGAAGCUAUUGACUCUCACCGGAGUUUAUGGCUUUUCGAAACAUGUAGCUUACCAGGAGCAACGUGGGCGCAAGCGUUACAUUGAAAUGUUGCAUGCACUGAUGUAUAACAAUCGGGUCAAGACUGUUCCUCUAGCUGUUGAGUAAAGAAAAAGCAAAAAGCUGCUUGGAAACUAAGGAAUUUCCAAGAAUGACUGCUGUUGAAGUUUUAUUUUUGCUUUUAUUAUUUUUUUUUUCAAUUGGUAAAUGUUUAAUUUCAACUUUGGGUUUCCCCUUGGAAUGUUUCGAACUUUGGGUUUGGUCCCAUUGAUUGCAAUAAAGUAUGAUUUUUCUAUCUUUAA